AAUCCCGCCCCGCCCCUCCCGCGCAGCGCAAACAUGGCGGCGGUUGGCACCGGCCGGUGAGGCGGUACCGGGCGGGAGCUCUUGGGUGUCAUGGGUGGUGACGGCGGCACCGCCCUCGCGUCUCCCUGAGCGGGACGGCAGGGGGUCCUCUGCGCCGAGCCGGGCGAUGGACGAAAGCGGCGAGCUGGGCGGUCUGGAGACCAUGGAGACCCUCACGGAGCUGGGCGACGAGCUGACCCUAGGGGACAUCGACGAGAUGCUGCAGUUUGUCAGCAAUCAAGUGGGAGAGUUCCCUGACUUGUUCUCAGAGCAGCUGUGCAGCUCCUUCCCCGGCGGCAGUGGAAGUGGCAGCGGCAGUGGCGGCAGCAGUGGUGGCGGAGCCGGGGACCCCUCCAUGCAGCGGUCCUUCAGCCAGGUCCCGUUACCUUCCUUCUCUCCCUCGACCACCUCCCCCCAGGCUCCAGCCCUCCAAGUCAAGGCUCCCCCCACCUCGGUUCCCACGCCGCCCAGGGCGACUCCUGUUCUGCAGCCCCGCCCCCAGCCCCAGCCCCAGCCUCCGGCUCAGCUGCCGCAGCAGACAGUCAUGAUCACCCCGACAUUCAGCACCGCGCCCCAGACGAGGAUCAUCCAGCAGCCUUUGAUAUACCAGAACGCAGCUACCAGCUUCCAAGUCCUUCAGCCUCAAGUCCAAAGCCUGGUGACGUCCUCCCAGGUGCAGCCGGUCACCAUCCAGCAGCAGGUGCAGACCGUGCAGGCGCAGCGGGUGCUGACGCAGACGGCCAGCGGCACGCUGCAGACCCUCGCCCCGGCCACGGUGCAGACAGUUGCCGCGCCCCAGGUGCAGCAGGUCCCGGUCCUGGUGCAGCCUCAGAUCAUCAAAACCGAUUCCCUUGUUUUGACCACACUGAAGACAGAUGGCAGCCCUGUCAUGGCCGCAGUCCAGAACCCAGCCCUCACUGCCCUCACCACCCCCAUCCAGACGGCUGCCCUUCAAGUACCGACCCUGGUGGGCAGCAAUGGGACCAUUCUGACCACAAUGCCUGUGAUGAUGGGGCAAGAGAAAGUGCCCAUUAAGCAGGUGCCUGGGGGGGUCAAGCAGCUCGAGCCCCCCAAAGAAGGAGAAAGGCGGACGACACACAACAUCAUUGAGAAGCGGUACCGCUCCUCCAUCAAUGACAAAAUCAUUGAGUUGAAGGACCUGGUCAUGGGGACAGAUGCCAAGAUGCACAAGUCUGGUGUUUUGAGGAAGGCCAUUGACUACAUCAAGUAUUUGCAGCAGGUCAAUCAUAAACUGCGCCAGGAGAACAUGGUGCUGAAGCUGGCAAAUCAGAAGAACAAGCUCUUGAAAGGCAUUGACCUGGGAAGCCUGGUGGACAAUGACGUGGACCUGAAGAUCGAUGACUUUAAUCAGAAUGUCCUUCUGAUGUCACCUCCGGCCUCUGACUCAGGGUCCCAGGCGGGCUUCUCCCCCUACUCCAUCGACUCUGAGCCAGGAAGCCCUCUGUUGGAGGAUGCAAAGGUCAAAGAUGAGCCAGACUCUCCUCCUGUAGCGCUGGGCAUGGUGGACCGCUCGCGAAUCCUGCUGUGUGUCCUCACCUUCCUGUGCCUCUCCUUCAACCCCCUGACCGCCCUGCUGCAGUGGGGAGGGGCCCACGACGCGGACCCGCACCCACACUCAGGUUCUGGCCGCAGCGUACUGUCGCUUGAGUCAGGUUCUGGGGGCUGGUUUGACUGGAUGGUGCCCACGCUGCUCUUGUGGCUGGUAAAUGGUGUGAUCGUCCUGAGCGUCUUUGUGAAGCUGCUGGUCCACGGGGAGCCAGUGAUCCGGCCACAUUCGCGCUCCUCGGUCACCUUCUGGAGGCACCGGAAGCAGGCAGACCUGGACCUCGCCCGGGGGGAUUUUGCAGCUGCCGCUGCCAACCUGCAAACCUGCCUGUCGGUGCUGGGCCGGGCACUGCCCACCUCCCGCCUGGACCUGGCCUGCAGCCUCUCCUGGAACGUGAUUCGCUACAGCCUGCAGAAGCUGCGCCUGGUACGCUGGCUGCUCAAGAAGGUCUUCCAGCACCGGCGGGCCACCCCAGCCACCUCGGCAGGCUUUGAGGAUGAAGCCAAGAGCAGCGCCCGGGAUGCAGCCCUGGCCUAUCACAGGCUGCACCAGCUGCACAUCACAGGCAAGCUUCCAGUGGGAUCGGCCUGCUCAGACGUACACAUGGCCUUGUGCGCCGUGAACCUGGCUGAAUGUGCCGAGGAGAAAAUCCCGCCCAGCACGCUUGUUGAGAUCCAUCUGACGGCCGCCAUGGGGCUCAAGACCCGAUGCGGAGGCAAGCUGGGCUUCCUGGCCAGCUACUUCCUCAGUCGCGCCCAGAGCCUGUGUGGCCCUGAGCGCAGCGCCGUUCCUGACUCGCUGCGCUGGCUCUGCCACCCCCUGGGCCAGAAGUUCUUCAUGGAGCGGAGCUGGUCGAUGAAGGCAGCUGCCAAGGAGAGUCUGUACUGUGCCCAGAGGAACCCAGGGACGUUAUUGCUCAGCGGGAGAAUACGGAGCGCGGCGCCAGAAACUGACCCCAUAGCCCAGGUGCACCAGGCCUUCUGCAGGAACCUGCUGGAGCGAGCCGUGGAGUCCUUGGUGAAGCCUCAGGCCAAGAAGAAAGCUGGAGACCAGGAGGAGGAGAGCUGUGAAUUCUCCAGUGCUCUGGAGUACCUGAAAUUACUUAAUUCUUUUGUGGACUCUGUGGGGAUCGUGACGCCGCCCUUCUCCAGCAGCUCAGUGCUCAAGUCAGCCCUCGGUCCGGACGUCAUCUGUCGGUGGUGGGCGUCUGCCAUCACUAUGGCCGUCAGCUGGCUCCAGGGAGACGACGCGGCUGUGCGUGCUCACUUUACCGAAGUGGAGCGUGUCCCCAAGGCGCUGGACGUGACAGAGAGCCCUCUCGUGAAGGCUGUCUUCCACACCUGCAGAGCCAUGCACGCCUCGCUCUCCGGGAAGGCGGAUGGGCAGCAGAGUUCCUUCUGCCACUGUGAGAGGGCCAGCGGCCACCUGUGGAGCAGCCUCAACGUCAGUGGGGCUACCUGUGACCCCACCCUCAACCAUGUGGUCCAGCUGCUGACCUGUGACCUGCUGCUGUCGCUGCGGACAGUACUCUGGCAAAAGCAGGCAGGGGCCAGCCAGGCCCUGGGUGAGACCUACCACGCAUCAGGUGCUGAGCUGGCUGGCUUCCAGCGGGACCUGGGCAGCCUGCGCAGGCUGGCACAUGGCUUCCGCCCUGCCUACCGCAAGGUGUUUCUGCACGAAGCCACCGUGCGCCUGAUGGCAGGAGCCAGCCCCACCCGCACCCACCAGCUAUUAGAGCACAGCCUGCGACGACGCACAGCGCAGAGCACCAAGCACGGAGAGGUGGACGCCUGGCCCGGCCAGCGAGAGCGGGCCACCGCCAUCCUGCUGGCCUGCCGCCACCUUCCCCUCUCCUUCCUCUCCUCCCCGGGCCAGCGGGCAGUGCUGCUGGCCGAGGCCGCCCGCACCCUGGAGAAGGUGGGCGACCGGCGCUCAUGCAACGACUGCCAGCAGAUGAUCGUCAAGCUGGGGGGUGGCACCGCCAUCGCCGCCUCCUGACCACCGGGCUUUGCCCACCUCGGCCCAUCACCUCCCUCUGUCUCUUAGUCUCUCUCUCUCCCUCCUCCUUCUGUCUCUCUCUCUUCCUCCUCCCUCUGUCCCUCAGGCUCUCUCCCUCCUCCCUCGGUCUCUCAGCCUCUCUCCGUCCUCCCCCUGGGAGCUGUAGGAUGAGCCUUGUCUGCAGAGCUGUCACCUCCCGAGGCUCUGGGACCACCUCAGGCUAGUGGGCCCCUGGGCAGAGCCCUUGAAACUGCUGUGGAUAGAUGCCUGCAGACUGGGGCCAGUGGGCCUGGGCAGGGAAAGACAGGGUGGGGCAGCAGGGGGAGCUCCCAAGCCACCCAGCCCCACCUCUGGGCCUCCCAGGACGUGCUUCCUCUGAACAUCAACCCUCCCCUCCUUCCCUGUUUUUAUCAGGCUUUCCCUCUGAGGGAUGUAGGGCUCUGGCACCAGAGCACUUCGCCCUUGGCGCUGUGCCCAGCACGCCCCCCUUUUUAUACGAAUGUUUUUAUACCAGUGUGCUUGGGGUUGCCGUGAUGCAGGGCUAAGCUGCUGUGGCAUCCUGCUUCCCUCCCCGGCUCUGCAACCCCGCCCUCGUGCCUGACAAAGCCAGUUCCUUGUUUUCUCGUGAUUGCACAGGACAGCCGGGGAGGGAGGCGGCCUAGCCCUGGGAGGUGGGUGGGAGGCAGGGGGCAGGCCUGGGCAUGGAUGAAAUAAUGUCGGCAUUAUUUUUUAAUUUUUUAAAAAAUAAAUGGUCUCUUAUUUAAUUGUCCUGUUCCUUCCCACUCCCCCGCCCCCUGGGAUGUCAGCCUGAGCUGGGGGUAGGCCCCCGGGGGCUGGAGGGAUUGGAGGGAUGGAGCCGCCGCUGGGGCUGGGCCAGAGGGCCUUCGGUAUGGCUUCUCAGCUCCCACCUCAACUCCUACCUCCAUUGUCUAUUUUUAUCCCUAAUUCCUGACCUGAAAAUAAGCCAGGGUGGCAGGGACCAGACCCCAAGCCCUCCCUAGUGACAAGCCCCUUUUCGGGAUGGGCACAGUGCUGCCCAAGAUAGGCCCUAGGAAUGAACUCCCCUGCCUUGAGGGGGGUCCUGGGUGGGAGAGUGGUCCCACUUUCUGGAUCCCCUGGCUUGGUGCCUGCCUGGAGGCCAUUUCUCCUGGGGCCUGAGGACUGCCUGGUCCCCCCAAGCCUGCUGGGAGGCUGCCUGGGCCAGAAAGUGGGCCGGGACCUUAGCACAGGCCUGGGGGUUCUCACAGCAGGGGCUCCCUUGGUGCCAAGUGCAGGUGGGAACAGUUGCCUUGGACCUGGCCCACUCUCCUCUCCUCUCCACCCCCCACCCACCAGGUGAGCCAGCCCCUGUGUCACAUGUACAUACUGUGCCUUUUCUCGUUAUUGUUUAGGGGUGGGGGGGUGGUUUUUUCACUGGAAAGGGGGAUACGCCUAUGGCUUCCUUGAUGUGGAAUCAUUCACUGUGUCCUGGAUGUGGGUUAUUCAAUAAACACAGAUCGGUACCACCCAG